AUGCUAAGCCGUCACGCCGCCUCCACCUCAGACUACCCGUCGACUGUUCCGCGUCCAACGACCGACUCUGGAAUGGACGGGACUCAAACUCUACGCCGCGCACAUGGGCCGUCCGCGAGCAAAGAUCCAGCCGUCGAUCCAACUUCCCCGAGCGCUACCCCCGGUGCUGCCAUAAACAUCAACCCGCCUGCACAGCUCGAGCCUUGUCGCGUUAGCCCGUCUGCCGCCAACCGAAGCUUCCCAAGAGUGCACACUGGUCAUCAGAGGCAGCAAUCCGUCCCAAACUUCCCCUCCGCGGCCACAAAUUACAACAUCCCGCAAGUGACGCUCUCGCCUUCUACUGAGCGUGGGAGUGGUCGUCCCUCUUCGAUCAACAUGCCUCUUACGGGCGACAACAGAAGCGGAAAAUCACCAGACGCCGCUCGAGGAGGUAUACUCAGCGGCUGGCUGGGCGGUUCCGGGGCCUCAAACAACACCCAAGGAACGAGCACGACGGCUCAAGCGAACAAAAUGAGCGACAACGAUGCGGACGUUACGCCUUCGAGGUUACAGAGGAGAGCGACGGCCGACCAAACAUCUAAAGCUAAGGGAACUUCGCCGGCCACAUCACGCUUCGCCUUCUUCAGCUCUCCCUUUUCGAAAAAUACCCAGCCCGUCGACCCGAAGCAGGACGAGGAGCUGUUGACCCUCAACAUCCAAGAGGCUCUCUUUCCGCCUGCCUCCCCAACGCACAGGGACGCAUUUUCGCCCGCCGCCUUCAAGAACCUCGAAGCUACAGCCGUCGGCCUAUUAACAAAAUACCAAAGCGCCUUUCAACGGCAGAACGCUGCGCUUCAAGAGUUACGGGACGAGAAGAACGCCCAGGAGGACGAGCACGAGGAGGCAGACACACGAAUCCAACACCUGAAGGUCCAGUUGGAAAACAUGGCCUCCACGGUUGCCGAGCAGGCGCAGUCAAUGCAGCAGCUCAUGGAGGAGCUGGCGGCCGAGAAGAAAGCCAGGCAAGAGGAGCGUUUAAUACGGGAACGGGGCCGUCCUAUUUCCGAGGGAUCUUCAAUAUCCGAAGACCUUGGCGUGGACGAUGAUCAGGCCAGGAGGAAGUGGAGAAAGAGUGCCGGGUUCGACACGGACGAAGAAAGCGUCGAGGACGCCAGCGUCUUCUCCAGAUCACGGAGCCCUACGACCGCCGCCCCGAGUGUCUUUGAGGGCAGCAUCGCCGAGACGUCACCGGCGCCGGCGGCCGCCAAGUCCAAUAGUCUCGGACCUCCGCCGAGGACAUCACGGCCGCCUGCCCCGAAGACGACACAACAGCCGACAGUAUUCCAAAAGUUGAUGAGAGGGGUAACAGGCGACCCCAAUCAGCAGACAGGCGCGACGUCGUGUGAUAACUGCCGCGGACAAGACGAACGAGCUGCAUGGGACACUGUCGGGUUGCUGAGAGAUGAGAACCGGGGUCUGAAGCAUCGGGUCGCCGAACUAGAGACGUGUGUGGAUAGCGCGUUGGAUGUGGUGAACGGCCUUAGACUUGACUGA